GCGAAAACGUCAGCAAGAAUUGCUAAACACACAAACUGACUGACGUUGUGCUGAUAAACAGUAUGCGCUAAAAAUACGAGUAUAUUUCCACUUUACUCAGACACCGUAAAUAACAACUGCGGUGCAUACGAUUUGUAAAAGGGUGUAUAGGUUUCUAUAGUAUAGUGCUUUGUAAUUCAUGCGGUUAUAAUAUCACUGAAGUCCAAACGACUUUAUAAUAAAAAAUCUAAUUAAUUUCAGUGAAAAAGUAUCACAACUAAAUCAAACAGCAAAUUAACUGCAAAUAAUUAGUUUGCAAUUUUAAAGUUGUUUCAGCAAUAGUCAGUUGAAUAAGUGGACAGACUGUCAUCCAGUCAUUCAGCGAAUCGUUCAGUUUUGUGCGGAAAAUUGCAAUUGGAUACUUUUCCCUUUUUCGCGUUAUUUUUCACUUUAGUAUCUGCAUCAUUUUACAGUAUGUGUAAGUGUAUAUAAGUAUAUGUACAUAUAUGCAUAUGUAUACAUAAGUGCAUUUAUGUAAGCGCUGACGACAACCGAGUGAAAUUCGCAUCGUAUUACUGAGUGGCUUUGGAGGCAGACGCGCUGCCAUGCAACCACACCUGUCAGCUGACUAAAAGCAGAAACACUAAUUACAGCAGGAAAUAUAGUUUUAACUUCACCUAAUUUGGGAUAUACUGCCCAGCAGUAUUGCGGACAACUUGUCGAAAGCGCGCAUUUUAAACGUUUGGAUGUUCGGCGAAACACUAGAUGAAAACACAAAUUAGCUACAAAUCAAUAUAAAUAGUCAACGCCGUCCAGAAAAGGCGCCAAAGGCAGCAGCAACCAAGGUUGGAACCACAUGAUAUUAUGGCUAAGUGCCCAAAUUGAAUAAGCGCUCAUUAGUAACAAGUUUUUAAGUGUCGGAAUUCUACUGUCUUUAUCGUGGGCGCAUGUUUUAAGCAUAAAUUAUGAGCAACAUGAAAAAUGGAUUCUCCACACUCAACCGGUGGUUGGGGAAAAGGAGCAAAGCCGACAAGGCAACACCUAAUGGCAAACUGUCCAAAUCUAGCACAAACCUAAAUAGCUUGUCAGUCUCGUCCACGAACAUCAACGAAACUAGUCAAUUGGAAUACAAUCGUAUCACACCGUUACCGGCAGCCACCAGUAAUGCGCCCUUUGAACAGACAUUCCGCAUCACUGUACUUCUGCCGAAGGAUCAGCUGUACGUUGCGAGGUUGGGCGCACGAGUACCACUAAGCAAACUAUUAGAGUUAGUAUGCGAAAACAAGCUACUGGAUGCAUCAAAAUAUGAAUUUAGAAAUCCAGUUGAUUCGAGUCAAGUAUACAGCUGUGAAUUAACUAUUGGUGCGGUGGGCCUUUCUGAAAUUCGAUUAUGUAACAAAUCCGAAACGUAUGGAAAUUUUAAUGCCGAUGAAAUUAUAAAACUACAUCGAACGGCAAUCAUACGUGACUCGCUCUCUUCAUCAGAGUUCAGUAGUCGCUACUCAAAGCACACAACGAAAACGACUAGUCCAUACAGCUCAAGCAACUCGCUUAAUUCGAUGGACUCAACAGGCAUGAAUUGCGUUCGCACUCCGGUGUCUCCACCUGCAACCCUCACAACAACAACAACUCCAUCCAUAAUAUCGGCUCCUCCACGAAAGAAGCGUGCUGCACCACGACCGCCGAGUCAAACUGCCAUACCAGAGAAGACAGUGCUCGUGACCAAUGGUGAAACUAACGUAAAAGAUACGAACUCCAAUAUUGAUAAAUUAGAGGUGUUAGAAAGUUCUCUGUCGCAUAAAAAUCACUUCGUAUCAACGCCAAAUCUUUCUACAUUGAACGAAGUGACCACUCUAAAUUCCAAUGGACACAUAAGCAGUCUUAACGUUGAUAGCAAACAGGAGUCUAGCUUAAAUGGUUAUAUUAAUUUGGAAAUUGAAAUGGAACAAUCACAGGUCAAACAGAAAAAUGCACGAAAUCUGGUUGGUAGCAGUGUACAGAAUUUAAAUAGUGCUGAAAACGUCCAACAACCUAUCGAGUUCCCAGAACCAUCGCCGCGUAAACGCAUGAUACAAAAUAAGAAAAAGACAACAGCGCCUGCACCGCCUCCCAGAGGCAGUUCAUAUGCAGAUUCGGAUACUCUUUCAAUCCAUUCAAUGUCUUCAUCUACACCGGGUACACCUUUAAGUCCACUAAUACCCAUAUCGCCCGAACCUAUUUCGGCAAAUACAAAUCUUGAAGUACAUAUAGAUCCCAAUAGCAAUAAUCAGCAAAUGGCAAAUAUACAGUCCCGUUAUUCCGACCCCGUUACUAAUGAAAUACCAACACCAAUGCUUGAGACAACCUCUCCUGUACCUAAACCCCUUCCAAGAAUAACUACCAAUGCGUCUCAAAACGACCAAAAUACAUUUACGGAAAGCCAAGUUUCCUCUCCUAAACCAACGAAUGUCUCCAAAAUUAUAUUGAAUCGUACACCAACACCGGAGCCCCGGUCCCUUUCUGCUGAGCCACAGGAUAACGAUAGUUAUCUGGGUGUCCAUAUCAGUGCACUGAAAAAUACAUCCCAUUUAGAACACGACCAAGAGUCUAAGCAAAUGGACUCGGGUAAUUAUUUGAAUGCACAUUUAACGGCUCUUAAAAAUGCAUCAAUUCUGGAGCAUGAGGAUGACGCUUUUUCGAAGCAGGCUGAUUCAGGUAUCGGCGAGCCUAUACCCUCUCCGAUUCCCGAUAGUUUGCCAUCAGAGAGUUCAGUAAAUGAUGGCAAAUCGGCAUUUGAGUCAAGCUCAGAUGACGACGACAUUAUUAAGGUGUAUAAUUUCAAGCUUGGAAAAACCGUAGUUAAAACGCAAAUGGAACCACAAACUCUGGAAGAUUUCGUCGUUUUAGCCGCUGAGGAACAGGUAAAUAGCGGAGAUAAUACACCAGCACCAGGAACGCAAGAAGCAACACCUAAUUUCUCGGAUAGUUCGUCUUGGAACUUUACAAUUCCAAUAUCUCCUCCGCCUAAUUUUGCUGAUGGACGUUUUGUAGACGGUUUUGUAACUGAGAAGACUCCGGAUACGCCAAUCACCCCCAAGAUUAAAGAACGACCAAUGUUGGAUUUUAAAUCAAUUUCCCAAGCAGAAAGAUCUUUUAUCGAAGCUGUUGGUAAUUCAAAUCAGAAACCAACGAACACACAUGAGAUGGAGUUUAAAAAAGAGAGCUUAGCUUUGCCAAGCCCCACAACCCCUUUAAAUGAAAUUGUGGAAGAACUUUCUGAAAUAAUUCAUAACAAGCGUUUGGACACCCUAAUUAAAAGGCCAGAAGAUGAACCAAAGAUACAGGCUGCUAAGCCAGCUACGUUAUCCAACUUCAGUAUCACAACAAUCACACAACAGAUUCAGGAAAAAGAAAAUGAAGAUCCAAAUGAAGUUUCUAAACUAAGCUCAGAAAAUAGUGAGCCGAAUUCCAACUUUGAGCAAGUAACCAAUCAGAAUCAAUUCCCUUUAGAGAAGCUCACUCGCAUAGCUGGACAACAAAACGUGACCAACUUAGAUAAACCAUCAGCACAAGUUACAUAUGAGAAAGUGGAUCACAACGGAUUUAGCUCCAGUCGUAGACGAUCGUCCGGUGAACUUAGUAUUGGUGAAUCGCCAUCCCUUCAAAGUCCUGAAGUCAUCAAAACGAUUCUAAAUUCAAGGAAAAAUAGCUCGGCUAGUAGUAGUGAUGCAGAAACCAAAGUAGCGGGGGAACUUAAAAGGCAAGACGAAAAGGAUGUAGAACAGAAAGUAAACAUUCCCUCAUUAGUGGAGCCACCAAAGAACAUAGUUAAUGCACAAAAACAAGUAGACACGAAUAUAACAAUGCCACAGUUUAUUGUCACUUCCAAUUUCGAGAACACAGAGUCAAAAGAAGUACAGAAAGCGAGUUUGGUCAACACAGCGGAGACACCAAAAAAUAAAGUUAAUGCAGAAAAGGAAGAGGAAACAAGAGUUUCGUCGACAGAUCACACCAAACACAAAGAGGUGCCUAAAGUAUAUCGAUACUCUGGACCCCCAAGCAUUAAUUUUUCUACUUGGAGUGAACGUCCAAAAGUACAAGUAUCCAUAAAAAAUGAAGGUGACUACAUUUUCGGAGGUAAGAAUGCCGACAGCCAAAGCGCGGCCGUUACAACAGCAGCAAUCGAGAUUAACACGCGAUCUCAUAUUCGAAAUAAUAGAGUUUCAAUGCCAGCGGCAGCCUUUUGGGCGGAAAGAGAGAACGCACCGCCGCCAGUCGCUCCUAAACCCAUAACACUCACAGAACGUAUGGGCAUCCCCGAGAAAGAGUACCAUAUACCAAUGAGUGUUAAACCAUUACGCGAUGUAACAAUUGAAAACGUCGAUUUAAAUACAACUACCAAUAACACAACUCAGCAGAGACCGUCGCCUAAUACCCAAUGGAAAUCAACAAGUAUUACAACCGUUCUGCUAAAUGGAAAUUCGGAAUUGGAAAAUAAUAAAAGUGAAACAGUAACCAAACCAGUAUUUACAUCGACUUUGCCCCGCAGCAACGCCAGCCGAUUUAGUAUGCCGGCAGUUAAUAAUGUGGGUUCAGUGUUGCUCCGUUCAACCUCCAUCACUCAAUUGGAAGCUAAUAAGCCCAAACUCAAUCAGUCUGAAGCUGUAGCGGCUCCAUUUGGUCAGAACACACUGCGAAAGACUGGGAUGAAAGAGAAAAUACUCGCAAACGAUACCUUACCAAAAGAAAAGGCGGAAACCGAAAGCAAUAUUCGGGAUCAAAUUCCCAAGUCUCAAAGGUCAAGCCUCAAAUCUUCUACUACUACUUCCAACAGUGUCGUAGGUAUGACAAAUGUAACAACAACGUCGGAAACAAAAAAAGUCCACCAAAAACCGGUGCAAAGUGCCAAAUCAGAACUAAAACUUCAGAAUUCGUCCAGCGUCUAUUUAAACAGAACGAGCUUGAAUCCAGCAACUAACAUUACAACGACAACAAAGGCUCAGUCAGACGUAAAAUCUACGUCCUUAGUACCACCACCACCACCAACGCCUCCCAAAGGUGUAACACUAUCCACACCAAAUAGUAGCCCUGCAACUACGCCCAGCAGUACAGAUCCCAGAGAUCAACUACUAAUGGCAAUACGCAACUUUAAGCGUGAUAAUCUAAAUCGUAUUUGAGAAAGCACGAAGGAGAUAUUUUAUAUUAAUACCAACAAAUGUUGGACACAAUAGUCACAAAGAGCUGGACUGAAACCAUGUAAAAUAUUAUUGUAAAUGUGUUUUUAUAAAUAAUGUAUUUUAUAAGAACUAUAGGAAACGAUUUAAGCCGAAGUCAACUAAUUUUAUUAGCAUAGUUUAAGAUAUAGGGAAAGCCAGGCGCUCGUCUUCACAACCACAAACACAAUUUAGCAGUAAUUGUGUCAAAUGCUGGAAGCCCAAUGUCUUCCCAAAAAUAAUAUGGAAUAAUAAAAGCUACUAUAUUAUAUAAAUGCACAAAUAAUGAUAGGAUAACACAUAGAUAUAUACAUAUAUACAAAUACGAAAUUUAAUAUUCACUUGAAUGAUAAUAAUCUAAUCGACUACUGUAUAUUAGCAAAGUCCUUUGUGACUGAGCAAACACGCUAACCAAAUGUUUUUCAUCAGUCUGUCUACCGAAGAGAUGCCAGUUUUGAUGGUUUUCGUUUAGUUAACUGGCAUAUCACGUGUCCCAUACGUUAGUAAAUAUUCUGUAAAUUAUAAUCUAUAUUCUAAUUAACGUAUGAAUGGACAUAUAUGUAUAUCUGCGUUUUAUUUAUAUUUACUUGUUUUACCUAUAUGUAUAAAAAUGGAAUAUUACAAUGUUGAUAAUAAACCCCCUAAAAAUACGAU